ACUCCCCCCCUCCCACCAAUCCCAACUCCACUUCACCCCCACCCCUACACUCCUAACGUCCUUCUCUUCUCACUAACUCCUAUAAACGUACCAGCCAGCAGUAUUAUCAUAUCCCCUUCAGAUCAAAUUGAGGACAGCUUUGCUCUCUGCAAUGGCGGGUUCUAACCAAACCCCUUACUAUACUCCAACCUCCAAACCGUCAUCAGCCACACUCCCUUUUUCUUCUUGGAAAAAACUCAAUCCUUAUUAUUCUUUAGCUGCCGUAACUUUCCUCUGUUGUGCUUGUUAUUACGCUGGCUACUUGCAACACAGCUCCGUUGGCCUUCGCGUCUUAACCACAUCUACCAUAGCCUCUACCACUAAUUGCUUCUCUUCUCAAAAUAAUACCUCUAUUACUACUUCCCGUGUAUCAUCUACUUCUUCUUCCUCCCCACUAGACUUCAGAACUCACCACGCCGCUGAUGAUGGCGGAGCUGUGGCCCCAGAUGACGCCGUUAAAAUAUACCCGCCGUGUGACGUUAAGUUCAGCGAGUACACUCCCUGUGAAGACCAAAAAAGAUCAUUGAAAUUCAAGAGAGAUAGAUUGAUAUACAGGGAAAGACAUUGCCCUGAAAAGAAUGAAUUACUGAAAUGCCGUAUACCAGCUCCGUAUGGUUACAAGAAUCCGUUCAAGUGGCCACUGAGCAGGGAUUUGGCUUGGUACGCUAAUGUUCCACACAAAGAACUGACGGUCGAGAAAGCUGUUCAGAACUGGAUUCGAUUUGAGGGCGACCGGUUUAAAUUCCCUGGUGGUGGUACUAUGUUUCCUAAUGGUGCAGAUGCAUAUAUUGAUGAUAUUGGAAAAUUGAUUAAUCUAAAAGAUGGUUCCAUUAGGACCGCCAUUGAUACUGGUUGUGGGGUGGCGAGUUGGGGAGCUUAUCUUUUGUCAAGGAAUAUACUAGCCAUGUCAUUUGCACCUAGGGAUACACAUGAAGCACAGGUUCAAUUUGCUCUUGAGCGUGGAGUUCCUGCUUUGAUUGGAGUUAUUGCCUCUAAGAGGCUUCCUUAUCCAUCUCGAGCUUUUGACAUGGCCCAUUGCUCUCGUUGCCUCAUUCCCUGGGGCGAAUAUGACGGUACGUACUUGAUUGAAGUUGACAGAGUUCUAAGACCUGGUGGAUAUUGGAUCCUUUCCGGUCCACCGAUCAACUGGAGGAAACACUGGAAAGGCUGGGAAAGAACCAGAGAAGACCUAAAUGCUGAGCAAACCAAAAUUGAGCAGGUGGCUAAGAGCCUUUGCUGGAAAAAAUUUGUUGAGAAAGAUGACAUUGCAAUUUGGCAGAAGCCAUACAAUCAUUUACAGUGUAAAGAAUCACGAAAGAUGUCGAGAAAUCCGCCCAUGUGCCCUGCCCAAGAUCCUGAUAAAGCCUGGUACACAGAGAUUGAAACUUGUUUAACUCCUUUGCCUGAAGUAUCAAGUGAAGACAGGGUAGCUGGUGGACAAUUGGAAAAAUGGCCUAAAAGAUUGCACGCAAUACCGCCUAGGAUUAGCAGGGGAACUGUAGAGGGGAUCACGGCUGACACUUUCAAGAAGGAUUCACAACUAUGGAAAAGAAGAAUGUCUUACUACAAGACGGUGAAUAAUCAAUUAGGCCAACCAGGCAGAUACAGAAAUCUACUAGAUAUGAAUGCCAACCUUGGUGGUUUUGCUGCCAAUUUGGUUGAUGACCCUGUUUGGGUGAUGAAUAUAGUUCCUGUUGAAGCUAAGGUCAACACACUUGGUGUUAUUUAUGAACGAGGAUUAAUUGGAACAUAUCAAAGCUGGUGUGAGGCCAUGUCAACUUACCCAAGAACAUAUGAUCUUAUCCAUGGUGAUUCUGUAUUUACUCUCUACGAAGACAGGUGUGAAAUGGAGGAUAUAUUACUUGAAAUGGACAGAAUAUUAAGACCAGAAGGAAGUGUAAUAAUCAGAGACGACGUAGAUAUAUUGGUUAAAGUAAAGAGGAUAGCAGAUGGGCUGAACUGGGAUAGCCAGAUUGUGGAUCAUGAAGAUGGACCUAUGGAAAGGGAAAAGCUUCUUUUUGCAGUAAAGUCAUACUGGACAGCUCCAGCUACCCAAGAAUCCAAGAUUUAUUAAAAACCCACUAAUCCUUUUUAAUUUCUUUUUAUAUUCUCGUUAUAUGUCUUGUUCAUCUUUUUUCUCUUUCUUUACUUAGUUCUAUUACUUAACAAGUUUUAUAUAUGACGACACAUGAUUCUUUAGCUAUUUUAAUCGAGUCAAUCUCUGUGAAAAUGAUAUUAAACACAAUGACAAUGCAGUGAAGUUCCUUUAGAAUA